AUGGACGACUUGAAGGGCCCGCCCAAGGACGGCAAGAAACACUCGCGUGUUUCUAAGUUGACCACCUAUGCGCGCCAGGUCUUCACAAACCUCUCUGGCGCCGGAUCAAACUCGAACGCGCCCAUUUCUCAGACACAGUCUGUUCCCGAGGGACGAGAUGACACUCCCAACAAGACAUCUGCCGCCUCAUGUCAUGAGGCCCAGGGAGUCAUCACGGAAAAGGAAAUUUCCAAUGCUCUUCACAUCAUGCGCGGACCAGUCGAUGGUGUUGAAGUUGGCCAAAGUCUUACUAAUCUGCUGCAAAAUGGAAUUAAGGAGCAGUACCUAGAGCAGGACAAGAAGCCCGAUGAUGACGUUGAUGAGAACAACAAGUCCCCGAGACUCGAGGGUCAAACUCAGGACUCACUGGAGUCCCCUACCACUGUACCCAAGCAGCGUCCCUCUUCCUACGCUUUCGGCUCGUCCAUUUCUCCCCCAAUGCCCAAGACCAUCAAGAUUUUCGAUAUUCGCCGAUCCCUUUCUGAGCACAACGAUUCGGGUUUCCCCAGAUCUCUUUACGACUGUGCCAACAGCGCACCCGGUGACCUUGAGCCGAAGCAAAACCCGAGUGAUGACGAUAAGGAGACGAUGCCCAGUGGACGAAUGUCACCUGGAACUUUCCUGAAGUUGGCUUCUGGUAGCAAGCGAUGGGUUGAUCGCCCUACCGAAUCAAACACAGAAGUUGUUGCCAAGGAUCAGCCGGAGCGUGAGUUACGUAGGCGUCCCAAGUCUCCUGAAGUCACCGAUGUGCCUCCCUCCGAGCCGCGUGAGACGCGCCGCCCAAAGGGGCUCAUGAUCCAAAGAUGCGAGGAGGAUGGCGGACCCAUGACGCCCGUCUACGAUCUUGCCGAGAUCUCCCCCAUGCAGUGGGUGUCUCCUGGCAUUGACGCCGAUCGCGUCUCCCGUCUGAAUCCUAUUUUCGUGGAUCAGUAUUCACGAAUGGAUCCUGUCGCUGGCGAGAAGCUCAAGCGACUCAAGCAAGGCCUCAUUCCAGAGACUGGAAUCCCAAAUACGGCUGCGACAGUGAAGAAGUACGAUACCGACGUUAUCGUUGAUAUUCAUGGCGUCAUGGAGAAGAAGCGUGGCCUCACUGCCGAGGCUGAUGCAGAGACAGACGAGCUGUAUGCAUCCAAUCGCGAGCGCGAGAAGCGCAUUAUUGAGCUCAGGGAGAAGAAGCAGCUGGCCACUUAUGCCGCUUGGCACCUCCAGAUGAAGCGCGAGGAUGAGGAACAGCAGCAGAAGGCCGAGAAGCUUUCCAAACAGACCAAGCAACAACAAAAAUCGGCCAGACUGAAAGUCAUCACGUCACGAGUCGGCAGCCAUCUUAACCAUCAACUGAAGGAGGUUAAUUAUCAAUACGACCGCACCAUGGAGGCACUCGAGUGGCAGCGUACUCUGAUGGAUCACCACAACCACACCAUCUUGGAGCUCGAGCACGAGAUUCGCGAGACGUGCAACCAGGUGGGCAAGGACGAUAUCGAUGGAGUCUACAAGGAGCUUCUGGACCCGGCCCAGAUUUUAGUCUUGCACCAGCCUUCGGCCAAGGAGAUGAGAGACUCCAACGCUCCGAGCGAAUCUGGCUCUGGUCGUCCUCAGCCCAAGUCGCAGGUGGUCAUGGCUCAUCCGACCUCGUCUCUCGAGCUCCAGCAACCAGAGGCCCGCCGGAACCUACAGCCCAAUAUUCAAGACAUGGAGAAUAUGGGCUCAGGAUCUGCCUCAGCCUCUGCCUCUACCUCAGGCAAUGCUGUUCAAGUGCAACCCAAUCAUCCUCAUCUCGUUCUACAUGAAGAUGAGGGAAUCAGCCUGUCUCUUGAUGAUGACAACGGCGAUCCAUAUCUCCACUACGGUUACGAAGACAUGUCUGAUCACGGCUACGUCUCUGGUGGUGAUACACCUGUUGGCGGUGUCUCUGGUGCUAAUGUCUCUGGCGCUGGUGUCUCUGGUGCUAAUGUUUUUGGUGCCAAUGAUGACCAACAGGAAGCCGCCGUUGCAGAAACUCGCCCCGACAAGGGCAAAGGUAAGGCGGUGGUCCAAGAGGCAGAGGAGACGCAAGAGCCUCCUCGCGUGGCUGAGAGAUCCCUUCCUCAGUUCAUUCCCUAUGCUGGUCCAAGCAACUGGCAGACAAAGUUGGGAAUCACCCCAAAGCAAUCCAUCUUUGGUCCUUUCACGGACACAGGCAAUGUUCAGGAGCGACGGGAGGGCCCAAAGCCUGAUCCCCCCAUCGGACGAUAUAUGUUCAAACUCCGUGGAAUCGGUGGAUUCAGGAACUUUAUGUAUAUGCGUCCAUUCAAGGUGCGCAAGGGUCGUAAAAUUCCGCCAGGAUUGAAGACGCAGUCGGCCGCGGCCUACGAGAAGACCCAGUACUUCUCGGAGGAGGAUUGUUGGAUGUCCGACGACAUUUGGUACAAUCUCCUCUGUGGCAUUGAACGUGAGAGACCAUAUUUGCCCCACGACCUGACGUCUGAAGAGAUCGAAGCGCUUGAGUUGGCCUCGACUGAAUUCUGGGAGGCCUCGUCUGGAAAGCUUGGAGAUCUCUACUCGCCCAACGCAUUCCUGUAUCAGAAGCGCAGAAUCGAGGCAGCACAACGUGCCUUUAUUGAUGAGGCCAAUCGCAUCAAGGCGCGUCGAGAGACUCAGGCCCAGCAGACUGAGGAGCACGACAGCUACUGCUGCUGCGAUAACUGCAUCCUCCAGAAUGUGGGCAGCGGCCUCGGGGCAUCGACCACGUCGACCACCACCCAGACACGGCAGAGUCUCCGGGCUCGCACUCUUGACACUCUUUACCGAGGCGUCGACUCGACGACCAACGCCACUUCUCCCGCCGCCCCCCGACGGAGGACCGUGGUCAUGUUCCCGCCCCAGCAGCCCGCAGCUCAGACGGGACAGCAGGCCGACAGCAGCGCUCCCGCCUACGUCCAGCACUUUGUCGCCCCCGAGACAAGUUACUACGACACGGGUGCCCUCGACACCCACUGGGAGGAGGAGGAAGACGAGGGAGAGACUGGUGCUACUCAAGCCGCCACUACUGACGCCUUGGCCACGGCCAGCGUUGAGCAUGUCGACCCGAGCCAGGAUGAAGACGACAUGCAGUUUUUCCUCGAAGACUACAUUGGUUUUGACGACGACGACGAUGAGGAGGACGGUGAUGAUGAUUUCUAG